AUGGAUGACGAAAUAUAUCUUGGGACUCAACAUUUAGUUGCAAUUAAUCUGGUUUGUUUAGUGGCGGCUCUUAUUAUACAUCGUAGGAGAUGUAAUAGAAAACGUUUAAUUGACCCGGAGAUGAUGUUACAUAAUAAAAAAGUACGACAGGAGAUUUUGCACAAUCUCACCACAAGUGGAAAAUGUCGUAAACUUAUCCGAAUGAGUGAGAAUGCUUUCAUGAUAUUGUGUCAAAAGUUGAAGAGCGAAUGUGGUCUUCAAGCAACUCAACGUAUGUGUGUAGAGGAACAAGUUGUUACAUUUUUACAUAUAGUAGGCCAUGAUUUGAGAACUAGCCAUGUCUCUUGGUUAUAUCGUCGAUCAGAAUCAGCUACAAAUACACAUUUUCAUAGAGUUUUGAAUGCAAUAUUAUCACUAGAAGAUCAGUAUAUUCAACAACCUACUGGGGCAAUUGAUGGUACACAUAUUCGUGUGAAAGUGGCCAAUAAAGAUGCGGCUAGAUAUUGUGGUCGUAAGGGAUAUCCGACGAUUAAUGUGUUGUGCGCGUGUACGUUUGAUUUAAAGUUCACAUAUGUUUUAAGUGGUUGGGAAGGGACAGCUUAUGACUCGAGAAUAAUUAAGGAUGCACUUACUAGAGAUGAUAAGUUAGUUAUUCCUAACGGUAAGUUCUAUUUGGUUGAUGGUGGUUUACCUCAUAAAAGCACCCUCGUAGCACCUUAUAGAGGUGUUAGAUAUCAUUUGAAGGAGUAUUCUUCUCGUGGUCCUCGGAAUAAACGUGAGCUGUUUAACCUUCGUCAUGCCUCGUUACGGAACUCCAUCGAACGCGCAUUUGGUGUUUUGAAGAAAAGAUUUGCUAUACUUAGAUGUUCAGAGCCUUUUUACUCGCCUGAGAUACAAUCUGACAUAUUUUUGGCAUGCUGUAUUUUACACAACUUUUUACAAGAAGUUGAUCGUAACCAAGAACUUGAAGAUAAAGUGGCACGCAAGAUAUUAAGUGCAACACAAGACCUGGAACCUUAUGCUCCAAGAGAAAUAGAUGACAAGAUUACCAAUGGCGAAAAAGUUAAUGAUGGAAAUAACGUGAAGGAAGAGAGGAUCCAAUGGAAUGUCAAGAUGGAUGCGGUUUUCAUUGAAGCUAUGAGGAAGGAACAUGAUGAUGGGAAUAGAAUUGGUGGAACAUUUACUUCUCUUGCGUAUAGUAAUAUGGUAAAUUAUUUAAGAAAACAUCUUCAAAGGGAGUUUACAAAAGAGCAUUUGAUGAAUCGACUCAAAACUCUUAAACUCCAUUUUUCUCAAUGCUAUGAUAUGUUUCGGGGACUUAUGUUGAGUGGCUUCGCAUGGAAUUCUGAGACAAACUUAAUUGAGGCCGAGGAAGAAGUAUGGGAAACACUAAUCAAAGAAAAGCCUGAAGCUGCAAAGUGGAAAAACAAACAAAUAUGUCAUUACGAAGAAUUGUUGUAUUUGUUUGCAAAAGAUAGAGCAACAUGUGCAUCUGCUAUAACUACAAAAGAGAGGAAAAAUAUUUUGAACAAUGGUAAAAGAGUGGAAACAAUUGAAGAGAUUGAUCAAUUGUUAGAAUCUGAUGUGAUUAUUUUGGAGACUCCCCCUAAUAUAGAUAAUAUUGAUGUUAAAACAACUACAAAACCUUCUAAAGAGAAGCUUCCGACUAUAAAGGCAAAAAAUAAAAAGAAAAGAAAACUGGAAGAGGAGGAGGAUUUCGAAGGUAAGGUCAUGAGUUCCAUUAAGGAUGUAGCUGAAGCUAUUCGAGAAAAUACAAAGGUAAUGAAGAGCUCACGUCCACAUGUUUACUCUGAGGAGGAGAUCUACAUAGGACUAGAGAGUAUGGAUUUGGCUCCAAAUCAGAUUAGAAAAGCUUAUCUUUAUUUGGUGGAACAUCCGGGAAAAACACGUGCACUGUUUGGAUGUCCUUCCAUUAUGCGGAGGGAAAUGCUAGAAGAAAUGAUGACUGCAAGUGACUGA